AUGGGAUUUAAGAAAGGUGACUUACACCCUGAUUAUUUUACAAUCAAGGUGUAUCAUGGUGGAUAUAUACAUCACCAAGAAAGCAAGUACAUUGGUGGCAGCAUAAGCUACUAUGACAAUGGUGACAAGGAUAAAAUGUCAUUGACUGAGGUGGAUGGCAGUGAAGAUGAUGCAAUGACCAAGCUAAGUACUGACAAGGAUGUGGUGACAAUGUGCUGCAUGGUGCCUGAUGUAAGACUGGUCAUUUUGUACCUUGACCACUUAGAACUUGACCCAUAUUAUGUAGAGUUAGAUGACCUAUUCAUGUAUGACCAAGAAAUACCUGAUUGGGGGUUUAGUCAGGCUGGAUCAAGUGGAGUUGUCAUAGAAGAGCUGCUUGAUUCACCAAGAAAGCCGAGGACAAAUGUGAAGAUUGAGGAGUUGCCUCCAUCACCUAGAGCUAAGGAGAAUCAGAAAGCAAACACAGUUACAACUCCAACAGUGGGAAAGAGCAGAAGGUUUAAAGUCUGUGCAAAUAGGAAGAAGGUAAAGGAAAUAGGAGUGAAGAUUAGUGAGCCUGAAGAAGUUCCAACUCAGGCUAGCAGAGCUCCAACCUGUGAUCCAUCUGACAAGGGAAAGCAGAAGGUUGAGUUUGAGGAUACGGUGGAUGAUUACUUCAGUGAGGAUGAUGGUUUCAUUCAAGAAGAGGAAGAAGAUGUUCAGUUUAAGGAACCUAGUUCUAGAGAUGAGGAAGAUGAUGGUUCUGAUGAUGAUGAUUACAACCCUGCUGCAGAUGAUGAUGAGUAUGCAGCCUAUGGGGUAGAUGAUGACUUUUUAUUUGACUGGUUAACAGAACAAGAAGUUCAUGAUGGUGUGGGAGAGAGACCUUCUGUAGCUGCUGAAAAUGUGAAUGUGAAUGGGAGUAGUGAGGAUCAAUUUGGGACUAACGAAGAUAAUGAGAAUAUGUUUGGGGCAGUGGAUUCAGAUCAAGAAGGGAUAGGUCAAGAAUAUGACUCUGAUGAUGAUGGGGUGCAGGAAAGGUUUCCUGAGUUUAACCCAAAAGUAGAUAUGGAGGACCCUCACUUUUGUAAAGGUAUGAAGUUUGCAACAGCAAAGAUCCUUAGAGCUGCUAUAAGGGAGAGGGCCAUUCAAAAAGGCUGGGAAGCUAUAUUUGUGAAGAAUGACAAGGUAAGAAUUAGGGCCAUAUGCAUGGCAGAUGACUGUCCGUUUGAGUUGUAUGCCUCAAAGAUGCAACAUGAGGAUACAUUGAUGAUAAAGACAUAUAAUGGAACACAUAACUGUGCAAGGGUUCUUGACAACAGUAUGGUGAAGACUCCAUAUUUGACAAGGAAAUUUGCUGAGCAGAUCAAGCUGAACCCUAGCAUUUCAACAGCUUACAGGACAAAGAAGGCAGCUUUGAGCCUACUGGAGAAGUCCAUUAAGGAGCAAUAUGCUAGGGUUCAGGAUUAUGCAAAGGAGCUGAAAAGGGUUGAUCCUGAGACAAGUGUUGAUAUUAAGUGUGAUUUCUCUAAUCCUAGUCAGCUUCCUAUUUUCAAAAGGAUGUAUAUCUGCUUAGGGGCAAUGCAGAGGGGAUUCAAGGCUGGUUGUAGACAAAUACUGGGACUGGAUGGAUGCCACUUAAAGAGUGCAUAUGGAGGACAGUUUUUGUCAGCAGUGGGGCUAGAUCCAAAUAACACAACAUAUGUUGUGGCUUAUGCUAUGGUGGAGAUGGAGUCCAAGGAUUCCUGGGAUUGGUUUCUGAGACUAUUGAGCAAGGAUCUGAAUAUUACUGGUGAAGGCAAUGGGUUCACUUUCAUUUCUGACAAGCAGAAGGGGCUAUUGCCUGCAUGUGAAGAAGUUCUCCCUCUAGCAGAUCACAGAUUCUGUGUCAGGCACCUUUGGACCAACUUCAACAAACUGUUUCCAGGGAAGGUGAUGAAGGACCAACUUUGGGCUAUUGCUAAAUCCACUACAAUGGCUUAUUACUGGAAGGAACUGGUACUUAUGAAACAAAUGGAUCCUGGAGCAUAUGACUGGUUAACUGAUCCUAGACGAAACCCUACGCACUGGUGUAGAGCUCACUUUGGCAACAUUCUGAAGUGUGAUGUGCUUCUGAACAACAUAUGUGAAAGUUUUAAUGCUUUCAUCCUACCUGCUAGAUCCAAGCCAGUAAUUUCUUGCUUUGAAGACAUCAGGGUUAAGAUGAUGAAGAGGAUUGUAAUGAGGAGAGAGAAGAUGAGUAAAGUUUUAGACCCAAUUUGCCCUAGGCCUAGGGAAAUUUUGGACAAGAACAAGACUAGGUCUGCCACAGAUUGCAUACCAUAUGGGUCUGGCAGCCACCAAAUUGAGGUUGAAAGCAUUGGAGGCAGCAAUCAAGCCAGUCAAUGGGAUGGACUUGUGGAUUCCAAGUGA